AUGUUAGAAUUCGUUCGAUCCCACCAAAUCGCAGCUCGCGGACACAACAUUUUCUGGGAAGAUGCCAAACACAAUCCACCAUGGGUGGUUAAUUUAACAACUUCCGAGCUCCAAUCAGCUGUGAAUUCCAGGAUCGAAAGCGUCGUGGGGAGAUACAAGGAACAAUUCAUUCAUUGGGACGUCAGCAAUGAGUUGCUACACUACGAUUUUUAUGAACAGAGGCUUGGGCCUAAUGCUUCCCUGGAAUUCUUCAAGAGGACCCACGAAUCCGACCCGUUGGCCACAUUGUUUUUGAAUGAUUAUAGAGUUGUUGAGACUUGUGAUGGUGUGAUGAAUGCAACUGUAGAUUCCUUCGUGUCGAAGAUGAAGGAGUUAAGGAGAGGAGGAGUUUCGAUGGGCGGAAUCGGGCUCGAGAGCCAUUUUCGUGUGCCGAAUUUGCCUCUCAUGAGAGCUGUUCUUGAUAAAUUGGCUACACUUGAACUCCCAAUUUGGCUUACCGAAGUUGACAUCAGUAAAACUGUUGGGCCGGAGAAACAGGCUUUGUAUCUGGAAGAAGUUUUGAGAGAAGGAUUCUCACAUCCAUCAAUGAAAGGAAUAAUGCUCUGGUCAGCCCUUAAUCCAAAUGGCUGUUACCAAAUGUGUCUUACCGACGACAAAUUCAACAACACGCCGGCCGGUGAUGUUGUGGACAAACUGCUGAAAGAGUGGCAAACAGGGACGAUCAAUGGCCAAACAAAUGAACAAGGAUCAUUCGUUUUUCAAGGUUUUUUGGGAGAUUACAAAAUUAGUGCUAGGUAUGGGGAUACAGUUGUUAACUCAACUUUCUCCCUUAGCCAAGGCGAUGAGACCAAACAUUUUAGCAUUCAACUCUGA